ACCAAACUUUCCUAUAUAAGAAACGCCACCCAUUCUAUUCAUCACUAGCUCCAUCUCUUUCUCUCUCGCUUAGUUUGUGAUAUAGUAAAACAUGGGAGCUCUUGAUUCUCUCUCUGAGUAUUUCUCUAACCAUUUCGACGUCUCAAUUAGAAAACGGAAGAAGCGUAAAGUCAUGCAGACGGUGAAUAUAAAGGUAAAGAUAGACUGUGACGGAUGCGAACGCAAAAUCAAGAACGCUGUUUCCUCCAUGAAAGGAGCAAAAUCAGUGGAAGUGAACAGAAAGAUUCACAAAGUGACGGUGAGUGGCUACGUGGAUCCCAAGAAAGUGCUGAAGACAGUGCAGAGCACCGGGAAGAAGAAAGCUGAGUUGUGGCCGUAUGUUCCGUACACAAUGGUUGCUUAUCCGUACGCCGCCGGAGCUUACGACAAGAGAGCCCCACCGGGUUUCGUGAGGAAGUCAGAGCAAGCUCAGGCGCAGCCGGGAGGUACAGACGAUAAGCUCAUGUCCCUUUUCAGCGACGAGAACCCUAACGCCUGCACUGUUAUGUGAAUAAGCCGGUGUUAUAUAAUUAAUUAAUAAUGUAUAACGUUUUAUAAAGUUUAUAGUGGAACUUUUUUUUGUUACUGUAUUAAGUCAGAAGCAAAACAAAUAUAGUAAUUACUCUGCGUUUAACUAGCUAGUAGUGGCUUUUUAUCUCCUAAUAAUAUAGUUUUACUUGCUUUCUGUAUGAA